AUGCGCUAUUUAGUUCUGCUACUCGCUCUGAGCUUUUCAGUGCGAGCAGAUGACCCACCUCUAUUAGGCCCUCCUCUGGGACUCCAAGACGUUUUUGAAAUCUCUAGCGACCCGAACUUAGGUGGAUGCAGCGCAGACCAAGUGAGAGCACUGGAAGUAGCUUAUGCUGAGUGUAUUGCAAUGGCAACUCGAAUAGACGACGCUUCUACCACUAUACGAUUCGGGCUUGAGUCGCCUGCUACUGGAAGCAUUUUUGAUUCAUUGUUCAAUAUUGCAAGUACACAACGACGGCAACAACGAAAUGAUCCAGCUAUAAUCGCAGAUCAGACAUUAGGUCUAACGGGGAUAACGAAAAUGAUGAGAGCGAUACGUAACCAUGCCGCUAGAGCGGUGAGAUUUAACACACCAGGAAAUCCAAUAACAGAUAAGACAAGGUUGCAUUGCAGCCCAUCGUAUCUUACAUUCCAGACACACAUCGCUUUCCCUGACGGCACAAUUGCACCAUUGAUGAGUUCCACGUGGAACGAGCUGGGAAUGCUGCGUAGUUUGGUUACUGGUACUGUGGCCGAGCUGCAACGAGCCCCAAGCCAACCCGAUGCCCAAUUUCCCAUAGAUCUGGCCAGCUGUGGCAAGGUAGGGUUCGCCUUCACUUCUCUAAUCGACAAUUCGAUAACAAUAUGCCCCUUGGUUUGGGGAGGCACUUUCAACACGAAUCAGAACUCAUACAAUUUCGGACUUGGUCUUCCGACACGAGUCGAUGAUGUCGCCAUCACGGAUGAUAUUUCUUUCCUGGACAACUUGCGCUCUCUUUCGGUUACGCUCUUGCACGAGCUAUGCCACCUCGUUGCCCGAAGCGAAAUCGACCACCCCACUAUACCCGGACCGAUGAUCGAAACCGCAGACGAAGCCCACGGAUUUUCCGAUAUCCAUUCGGUAGCAACCGAUCCUCGCGAAGAAGGUGGCGUGGACGUGGCUCUCGCACACCCAGACAGUUACGCGCUGUUAGGUGCGGCUUUACAGCGUAACGAAUUUGACUGGAGAGACGGAUUCGCUCGACGUCCACAGUUUUGGCAGCGGCGACGAUAG